GGAGAGAGAUGAGCUGAACACGGGCUGCUCCACGGAUAUACUGUCGGGAAAGAACAACCAGUGUGGCUGCGUGGAGCGGAUAAACGGGACUUGUUUUAAUAGAGGAACUCGAGUGUGACUGUGUUUGAAGAGCUCGGGGACAUUUCGUCGUGUUUGCACAGAGAGAGGACACCGGAGGAAAAGUUUUAAAUCCCCCCCCGGAGGAGGCAAGGUGAGCCCAGUGUGACGUCCUCUUCACCCCGCUUCCAAGUUUGUUAACCACCGUAUUCAUCAGUUUGAAUUUGAAGAGCGUCUCCGGGGCUUGUGAAGUUGUUUCGUUUCGCGGCCCCGCUCUCGGCUCCGUUCAGCAGCAUGUCUGACAAGUGCGUCGCGUAACCAGUUCAUCCAGCUCGGCGGGGAGUUUCGGCUCCAGUUUGGCUUCCAGCGGGUUCAUCGCUCCUCGGCUGCCCCUCCCGGGAAGAAGACACUUCGCCACAAUGGCCGGUUUGAGCAACGUCCACAUGAAAACCCUGGAGGACCUGACCCUGGACUCGGGCUACGGAGCCGGGGACUCGUGCAAGUCCCUCAGCCUGUCCUCCUCCAAGUCCAACUCCCAGGCGUUCAUGACGGCCCAGCACCGGGGCAACUGGUGGUACUACUCCGGCUCCAUGAACAGCAGGAACAACAGCUGGGACACGGUGAACACGGUGCUGCCCGAGGACCCGGAGGACAUCUUCUCCAAGUGUCCGCGCUUACCUGAGCUGGAGGAGUUUCCCUGGACCGAGGAAGACGUGGCCAAGAUACUGCGCAAUGUGGCCGCGAGUGGGAGCGUCAAGGGGGGACACGCACCCGUGUUCUCCCCGGAGGCCGUGCGGAGGCUGUCCGGUCUCCUCCGGCGGGCUCUGAUCCGCAUCUCCCGGGAGGCGCAGCGGCUCAGCGUCAUGCACUGCCGCUGCACCCGCUUCGAGGUGCAGAGCGCCAUGAGGCUGGUGCUCAGCUGGGCCCUGGCCGACCACUGCGUCUCCGCCACUGUCAAGGCGAUCUCCAUGUACAGCAUGAGCGCCGGGGAGCUGCUGAGGAAGGGCAAGUCCGCCCGGUGCGGCCUCUCCUUCUCCGUGGGACGCUUCUUCCGCUGGAUGGUGGACACCCGCAUUUCCGUGCGCAUCCACGAGUACGCGGCUAUAUGUCUGACCGCCUGCAUGGAGGCUCUGGUGGAGGAGGCCGGGGCCCGGGUGCUGUCAGCCGAGAGGAGCCACCCGGGGCCGGACGCGUGGUCGGGUUGCGCCCCGGUGAGCGCGGAGGCUCUGGAGGUGGUGGUGAACAAUGACGCGGAGCUGUGGGGGGUCCUGCAGCUCUACGAGCACCUGAUCUGCGGGAAGAACGCCAACGGUGUUUUGUCUCUUCCGGCCCAUUUCAGUCCGUACACGGAGAACCAGCAGACGUCUGUGGACAGCAGGGAGGAUGCCUAUGCCCAGCUGGAGCUGAGGACGCUGGAACAGUCCCUGCUUGCUACCUGUGUGGGCAGCAUCUCCGAACUGAGUGACUUGGUUUCCCGUGCAAUGCACCACAUGCAGCGUCUGAGCUCAGUGCGCCCGGGGCUGAGUCCAGCUCGCCACGCCCGUCCCCAGCAGCCCGUGUCCUGGUCGCCUGAUGCCCUCCACACCCUUUACUACUUCCUGCGCUGCCCACAAAUGGAGUCCAUGGAGAAUCCCAACCUAGAUCCCCCACGCAUGGCACUCAGCAAAGAGAGGCCGUUCCUGCUGCUGCCGCCUCUGAUGGAGUGGAUGAGAGUGGCCAUAGUUCACGCUGAGCAUCGCAAGAGUCUGCUGGUGGACAGCGACGAUGUGAGACAGACGGCACGUCUCCUCCUGCCAGGACUGGACUGUGAACCAAGACAGCUGAAGCCAGAGUGCUGCUUCAGCUCCUUCAAACGUCUGGACUCCAAAGCCGCCACAGACAAGUUCCACCUCGACCUGGGCUUCCGGAUGCUCAACUGUGGGCGCACGGACCUCAUUGGCCAAGCCAUCGACCUGCUGGGGCCAGACGGGGUCAACAGCAUGGACGACCAGGGAAUGACUCCUCUGAUGUAUGCGUGUGCUGCUGGAGAUGAGGCCUUGGUCCAGAUGUUGAUCGAUGCUGGGGCCAACCUCGAUGUGCCGGUUCCUCCGUGCUCCCCGAAGCACCCGUCCGUGCAUCCUGACAGUCGACGCUGGGCCGCCCUCACCUUCGCAGUGCUGCACGGACACAUCUCCGUCGUGCAGCUCCUUUUGGAUGCAGGGGCCAACGUGGAGGGGGCCGCGGUCCGCAACGGCCAGGAGAGCACAGCCGACACACCGCUGCAGCUGGCCUCCGCAGCAGGCAACUAUGAGAUGGUGAGUUUGCUUCUGGCCCGAGGGGCCGACCCCUUAUCCAAGACCCACGAUGGACACGCCCUCACGUCCUCCCUCUACGAGGACAUGAACUGCUUCAGUCACGCCGCCGCACACGGACACAGGAACGUGCUGAGAAAGCUCCUGACUCAGCCGCAGCAAGUCAAAGAGGACGUCCUGUCUCUGGAGGAGAUCUUGGCUGAGGGGGUGGAGGGUGAGGAGGCCGGGAUCUGCCCUUUCCUCCCUCUCUCGCCGCUCCCUAAACCUUCUUCCUCCUCUGGCCCGGGGGCUCUGCCAGAGGUGGGCAUCCCCAGGCUCUGCAAGGCCAGGAUGAAGGCUCUGCAAGAGGCCAGCUACUACAGCGCCGAGCACGGCUACCUGGACGUCACCAUGGAGCUACGAGCCAUGGGCGUACCAUGGAAACUCCACGUGUGGCUGGAAUCUCUGCGCUGUGCCCAGCAGCAGUCGAGGGCGGGGGUCACGCUCUCCCUCCUCAGAGAGUUCACCACCACCAUCAGAGAAGAGGACUACUGUGAGGAGCUGGUCACCGUGGGCCUGCCCCUCAUGUUCAAUAUCCUGCGUACGACCAAGAAUGACGCCAUUAUCCAGCAGCAAGCGGCUAUUUUUAGUCAAUGUUUUGGCCCCGCCCCUCUUCCCUCCGUCCCCGAGGUGAAGGCGACUCUUUCAGCUCAGUUGGACCCUCACUUCCUGAACAACCCGGAGAUGUCAGAUGUGACGUUUGUGGUGGAGGGGAAACCGUUCUACGGCCACAAGGUGCUGCUGAUCACCGCUUCUGACAGAUUCAAGUCUCUGCUGGCGUCUUCUGGACCCGACGGAAGCCCCCACAAGGAGGUGGAGAUCGGUGACAUCAAGUACAACAUCUUCCAGAUGAUGAUGUCAUACCUGUACUGUGGAGGAACUGAGUCACUGAGGACUAAUGUGCCCGACCUGCUGGAGCUGUUGUCGAUGGCGAGUCUGUUCCACCUGGGGGCGCUACAAAGACACUGUGAACUCAUCUGCUCCCGUCACAUCAACCUGGAUAACGCAGUCAGCAUCUACAAGACAGCAAAGAUCUAUGGUUCGCUGGAGCUGAGCUCGUUCUGUGAAGGUUACUUCUUGCAGCAGAUGCCUUCUCUGCUGGAGAGAGAGAGCUUCCGGAGCCUGCUGCUGGGGCCCCCGGGGGCCCGACAAGGAAGCCACCCCACCUCUACGCUGGUCCACAGCCGGGGAGACUCACCUCUGGAGGAGCUGGAGGCCACGCUGGCUCAACGUCUGCGCUCUCUCUGCGUCACCUCCCGAGUCUGAGGGGAACACGUUGCAUGCUGGGGACAGAGAAUGUCCCCUGGCAGCGUCGGAGCGGAACUUUCAUUAUUUCACUGGUCCGGGAUCAGAUCUGUGGAGAGAUGUCCCUAUGGUUGAAUUACAGAUGUUUUCCUAUGGACAUCUGAUCCUGGCCUGAGCCACAAGCAGCUUCCACAGCUCUCUGACGCCGGGACACGCUCCAGUGAAAUGUUCUAUGUUGCUCUGUGGACAAAUCGUGUUUGGUGCCAUCGCUCCAUGUUGACAGUUAUUGUUCAGCAUGUUUAUGAAGAAGUGAACUGGAUGUGAUGGUUUUCUCCUCGGCUCCGGAAGCUUCAUCGGAGAAUCAACAGAUGGAAACAACAGGUGGCCCCUCUGGAUCGUGAAACACUGCUGCCCUCUAAUGGACAAAACUGGUAAAAUACACCUCUGCCUUGGAGGAUUGGGAUCAGUGGCUCUCCUGGUUCUGACUGAGGCAAAGUGACCAGUUAAUAGACUGAAGCAUCUCCUAAAGAAUCAUGUGACACAGCCAUGCUGGACUUUUGGCUUUGUCCUAUUUCAUCUGACUGUGCAGAGUGGGAGGACGGAGACACUGGACCUCCUGCAGCGACCUGAACUCUGGACAAACAAAAGUACUUUUUGUAAAAACCAGUUUAAUUUUCUGUUUUGUGAAAGACAACACUUACUGAAGAGUGGGAUGGACAUUUUCUAUUUAAAUGAGAAAACAAAAAAAGAUGUGAGAGUAUUUAACGGGGGUGUUCCCUUUUUUAUUUUGUUUGUAAUCCGAGCUAAUUAUUAAUAUUAUUGUUUCAAAAAAAAGGAGCUUUUGUGUAGCUGAGUUUUUUUUUUACAGGUACACUAACCCUUUUUGAUUAAGCUUAUAUAUCUAUGCUGAGGUUGAAUGCUUCUAACCAGGUACAGCAGCAGAAUCCAACGUGGGGAUUGGACGACACAGGAUCUGUUGUAACGCUGAUUAUUGUAAUAAACCUGGUGAACAAAUCUG